AUACGGCAAAAAUUAACCUUUUUUAGUCAUUAUUAUCAAUGAACUACAGCCCGAAACCACCGCAAAGUUCCAGAAAUCAUCGAGAAUACGGUAGCAAUGCACAGCCAUGGAAGCAAUGGAUCGUGCCAAUCAGGCCAAAGUCCAGGUGAACGUCUCCUCAAGUGGAACUGAUUAUGACAUGGUCUGGGUAAAAGAUUCUAUUGAAUGUCAAACAAAGGAAUUUUUCUAAAGGAUAGUGCCAGUGACGAUUGGCAAGAGAAAGAUCAAUCAAUAAAACAACGCCAAAGAGUGAUUAUUGACGAGCAUGCAGUUUUCAUCCUGUGCGCUCAUACUGCAGCGGGAGAACCGGCUGCAUCUUUGUUGUGUAGCUGCCCUAAUCGCCCUCAUCAUCUUGGUGGCCACGCCAAGGAUCCCCCACUCACCCAACCAACACAUGUUCGCUGACAUGCGUAACUUCCUAGGAGUUCCCAACACCCUCAAUGUGCUCACGACGUAUCCGUACCUGUUCUUUGGUGUUCCUGGUCUAGUUUUCUGCCUCUCCGGUAGUUGUUUUGGCAUCAGCUUGAAAGGAGAAAUCUGGGGAUGGGUUUUGUUCUAUUCUGGGAUUGCUGCAGCAGCAUUUGGAUCUGCUUAUUACCAUUUGAAGCCAGAUGAUGAUCGAAUUAUUUGGGAUAGAUUGCCGAUGAUGAUUUCUACUGUUUCUCUUUUGUCUAACCUGGUUAUUGAGAGAUUGGAUGAGCGUGUUGGAAUAUCUUGUUUGAUUUCUCUGCUGAUGCUUGUUUUUAUUAGUGCCACAUUUGAAAGGACCUUUGAUGACCUUAGGUUGUGCAUGAUCUUCCAUUUUAUUCCGUGCAUUGCAAUCCCAAUAUUGGUUUUCUUGUUUCCACCCAAGUAUACACAUUCAACAUACUGGUUCUGGGCAGCAGAUGAAAUGGUCUAUUUUAACUUAUUAUUUCCAUCUUCAUCUGUUAGGGAUGUUAAGGGUCAUUCUGGUCAUGAUAUAUAUAACUUCUGA